AUGAGUAUAAUAUGUCGAAUUUUUAAAGGAUCAUCAGUUUGUGUCGAUCGUCAUCGUCUCUGUGAUUUUUGGGCAUCUAUGAAAGAAUGUGAAACAAAUGCUGUUUGGAUGCUUGUAAAUUGUCCCCGUUCUUGCAAGCUAUGUAAAGGAGCUUCUGCAAAACGAGCGGAAUUAGGAAUAUUUGAGGAAUCUGACUGUACUUUUGUCUCAACACAUGAAGAUACCACAAUUCGUCGAACAAUUUCUACAUCAGAUGUUCGUGUAAGCAACAAUGCUUUUGGUUGUUCUCCUGCAUUAACUAGACCAAAUUGUAACAAAAAUCUCUGCUACCAUUUAAAAUUCCGAACUUUAGAUGGUUCGUUUAUUUAUUAA